AUGGGCGACAGACCCCCCUCCGUCCCACUUCACCUGACCUCCGUCGCUAUCCUUGGUCCCGACAAUGCGCCCUUGUACGUGCACGCGUUCACGGGACCGGAAGACGAGAUGCGCGCGUACCAUUUGGCGCAUGCGGCGGUCGAUGUGAUUGAGGAGAGGAAACGGAACCGUGAGCUGACCACAGUCGUCAUGAUGAGCACGCCGUCACGGCCGGCUGACUCUUAUCUCGGACUGCUGUUUUGUAUGGAGGACAUGGCUUUCUACGGCUUCCAGACGACGACGAAGCUCCGGCUCGUCCUGAGCGUAGCGCUGGUCGAUGCCGCGAUCAAGGACAGCGACAUUGUCUCGGUGUUCAGGGCGCUGCACAAUCUGCUCCUCCGCGUCAUCUCGAAUCCCUUCCUAAGCCUGCCGAGGAGCUUCCAUGCCACCCCCGCAAAGGCCGUGCGGCAUACCGAGGAGAGUUUGGCUGGGUUGCCGCCAAAGGAGUCUGCAGGGUCUGCGGAGUCUGCGCCAGCAGACUCUGCUCCUUCCCCUGACUCCCCGGCUAAGGACGAUGCGAAGGAGGUCAAGAAUGGCAAGGCCCUGCGGAACGAGCCCAUCCCGCAGAACCGCAUGUUCCGCGCAGACCCCGCCGAUAUCCGGCCAGAAUGGUUUGAGAGCGAACGGUUCAAGUUGGGCGUGGCGCAGCUGGGUCAGCUCUUGAAUGGACGGGCCUGA